CUGAGCUCGAUCGUGCGCGAGAGCGAAGCGAUUUGGCCAUGGACGCCGAGCUCGCCGCCGCCUACUUGCUGCUCCUGGCGCUCCUCGUCGUGCCGCUGGUCUACUUGGCACGCCGCCGGAGGUCGGGGAGGCUGAGGCUGCGGCUGCCGCCGGGGCCGUGGGCGCUGCCGGUGAUCGGCCACCUGCACCACCUUGCCGGCGCGCUCCCGCACCGCGCCAUGCGGGACCUGGCGCGGCGCCACGGCCCGCUCAUGCUGCUCCGCUUCUGCGAGCUCCCCGUGGUGGUGGCGUCCUCGCCGGACGCCGCGCGGGAGAUCAUGAGGACGCACGAUGUCGCCUUCGCGUCGCGGCCGAUCGGGCCGAUGCUGCGGCUCGUGUUCCAGGGCGCCGAGGGCGUCAUCUUCGCGCCCUACGGCGACGGGUGGCGCCAGCUCCGCAAGAUCUGCACCGUCGAGCUCCUCAGCUACCGCCGCGUCCACUCGUUCCGCCCCGUCCGGGAGGACGAGCUCGGCCGCCUCCUCCGCUCCGUCGCGGAGGCCUCCUCCUCCUCCUCGCCGGUGAACCUCACCGAGCGGAUCUCCGCCUUCGUCGCGGACUCCACGGUGCGCGCCAUCAUCGGCAGCCGGAGCCGGCACCGCGACACGUUUCUGCGGCUGCUGGAGGAUGGGCUCAAGAUCAUGCCGGGGAUGAGCCUCCCGGACCUCUUCCCGUCGUCGCGCCUCGCCAUGCUCCUCAGCCGCGUGCCCGCCAAGAUCGAGCGCCGCCGCCGCGGCAUGAUGGACUUCGUCGACACCAUCAUCCAAGAACACCAGGAGAGCAGAGGCGCUGCCAACGCCGCCGGAGUAACCGGAGACGAGGACCUGCUCGACGUGCUCUUGAGGCUCCAGAAGGACAUGGACUCCCAGUAUCCGCUCACCACCAUGAACAUCAAAUCCAUCCUGAUCGACAUGUUCGGCGCGGGCAGCGACACGUCGGCGACGACGCUGCAGUGGGCGAUGGCCGAGCUGAUGCGUAACCCGGAGGUGAUGCGGGUGGCGCAGGACGAGGUCCGGCGAGAGCUCGCCGGGCACGACAGGGUAACCGAGGACAGCCUCGGAAACCUUCGCUACCUCCGGAUGGUCAUCAAGGAGACGCUCCGGCUCCACCCACCGGCGCCGCUGCUGCUGCCGCGCGAGUGCGGCGAGGCGUGCCAGGUGCUCGGCUACGACGUGCCGGCCGGCACGAUGGUGCUCGUCAACGCGUGGGCGAUCGGCAGGGACCCGUCGCGCUGGAACUCGCCGGAGGAGUUCUCGCCGGAGAGGUUCGAGCGCUGCGAGAGGGACUUCCGAGGGAUGGACUUCGAGUUCAUCCCGUUCGGCGCCGGGAGGAGGAUCUGCCCCGGCAUGGCGUUCGGGCUGGCGCACAUCGAGCUCGCGCUCGCCGCGCUGCUGCUCCACUUCGACUGGAAGCUGCCGGGAGGGAUGGCCGCCGGCGAGAUGGACAUGGCGGAGGCGGCCGGGAUCACGGUGCGCCGGCGCUCCGACCUGCUGGUGCUCGCCGUCCCCCGUGUCCCCGUGCCAGUGCAGUAGGGAGUGUGUAAUUAGCAGGGUAAUCUCAAUUACUGUCAGGAUUUACAAAUAAUUUCAUGUGAUUACUGAUCAGCAUUAGUUAAACUGUCUCCAUGAUUACCAUUAUUAGUCAAAAUCCAAUCCCAUCCCAUACAAGAAAGGUUUGAACACAACGGGAGUACUCAGGACUUAGGAGGAUGGACGUGGAGUUCACGAAAAUUUGCCAUUUUGGCCAUGGAACAGGCGGCUAUACUAAACUAUCCUCAGAACCGCGGAUUUUUCUAAAAUGAUCAUAAAACCGGUGCCUCCUCUAUAAAAUAACCAAAAUACCCCUAGAAAAAAAAACAAAGAAAUAAUCUUGCUCUC